AUGUCACUUGACUUGAAAGGAAGAUGUACUUCAUCCGCUGAACAAAUCAACAUUUCUCUACUCCCUGAUGGAAAGCAGAGUCUCAACGACAUUUGGCACGGUAUGCAAUUCAACAUAUGGGGAUUGUGGUUGCGACAAUACUUAGAUCUUUUAUACCGAUUGAGGGUAUUUAGAGAACGACGACAUUAUCUCGGAAAAGACCGUACCAUGCAACUCUGGGCAGUUCCGCAAGCAUUUGGCGAACACGAUCACUGGUCACGUUCACCAACGGGAGACGAAUUUCUGCUAAUGUGUACGGUAUACCUUAUUGAAGGAGCUGUCGGCUUGAUGGGAUGGAGAGAAGACGCAAAAACGACAGCUGACUUGAAGAAGGGUGCUGCUAAAAUAGGAAAUGCGCUUCCAGAAAUCAUGCCGUUUUUAGGUCUGCCCCAGGCUUUUCUUCCAAUCCCACCGUCAACACCCUAUCCAAAUGAUACAUUUAUUGCACGAGUGUGGCCAAAUCCUAAGAACAACACAAUGCUUGUUUUGGUGGCAAACCUGGUGGAACAGUCUGUGAAUUGGACUAUCAAACCACCAAAAUCAUCUUUUUUACCACAAGGUAAAAAUAUCGUAACAAAAACACUAUAUCUUUCAGAGGGAGAAGCUUCAGCAAAUGUGACGGUCAGCGGGGAAAGUAUCAGUCUUACAGGAACGAUUCAAGGACUUGGUUGUGGUGCUUGGAUCAUUCCCAUGUGA